ACGUUUUGUUAUGAAACUCGAAAGUCGAAACUUUUCCGAUAUCAGUCAUAUCAGCUUCAAAGUCAUGCAGUAUUUCUUUCAUAUUGAGACGCCUUUCGUUUUCUCCGUGUAAUUUGCGACCACUUCAAAACUACUUUACCUUUAGUUUCCGUUUUUUAGAAGAUUCGAUUUAUGGGAGCAAGUUUAAGAGUUUGAUAAGUGGAGUGAAUACCCCGUCAGCCGUCUCACCUAGGCGCCAGGAAAUGAGCAAACCAGUGAAAAAUGUUGGAGGUUCUAACGGGAAACGAUCUGCGACUGCCUCUAAGGGAUCUCCCAAAAAAACUAAAAAGGAUGAGGACGAAGAUGGUGAUGGACAGCAGAAGAAAAACGCAGGAUAUCGGAAGUUCAUGAGCCGCGCGCCUCCGCAGGCGCUUGGGUCAAAAGAAGUACCAGAGGGCCCGGAAGACUGCUUGCAAGGCUUGGAUUUUGUGGUGACUGGCGUUCUGGACAGCAUAACUCGAGAGGAUGCUGAGGAUUUAAUAAAACGUCACGGAGGUUCCGUGAAAACAGGAGUAUCGAAAAAGACGUCGUACUUGGUGGCCGGGCGAGAUGCAGGCGAAUCCAAAUUGAAAAAGGCUAAAGAAAUGAAGACGAAAAUUAUUGACGAAGAUGGUUUAUUCGAUCUGGUACGAAAAGCGGUUCCAGAAUCGAAAGGCAAACCCAACGGUACGGCUUCCGGAAUGAAAGCAACAGGUUUUUCCAGAACGGCUUCAGUGGUUAAAGUAUCACCCGGAAAAUCGAAGAAAAAGGACGCUGAUGUGAUUCUUCUUGAUUCGGACGACGAUGACCAGCCUCCGGCGAAGAAAGCGCGGACCACUGCCAGUCCGGUGAAAUCUUCGAUGAAAGCUGUUGCAUCAAGCAGUACUGGGGCUUCUAAAUCAGCAUCAGUUGUAAAACCCGCUGUAAAACCCGCUUCUCCCGUAAAAAAGCCUAUUCUAUCGGGCGCAGCUAGCUCGCCUGUGUCCGUGAAGGCUACGGAGAAAGCACCUGUUGUUCCGUCUACAUCGAAGCAGGUUUCAAACACCGCUAGCGAUCCAGCACCGCGUCCGUCCUCGCAAAAUGUUCCAGCGCUGUUGUGGGUGGAUAAAUACCAACCAAAAUCUUUAAAGAAUGUUGUCGGCCAACAUACACCGCAAAGUCCUGCCAACAAAUUGUUAACCUGGUUACAGCACUGGCAGGACAAUCGCAAAAAACAUGGAUUUAAGGCUGCAUCAGCAGGUCUCUACAAUAAAUCCGGCAGCACCGAUGGGGCGUCAUUUAAAGCGGUUCUCUUGUCUGGCCCUCCAGGAAUAGGUAAAACCACGACAGCCGUUUUAGCAUGCAAGGAAGCAGGUUUCACCUAUGUUCACGUCAACGCGUCGGAUAAUCGCUCCAAGCGCAUCUUGCAAGAGCAGUUUAUGAGUGGUGUGACGUCGCAUUCACUUCUGGAAUAUCAGGAGGGGGCGGCUGUUAAAAGUGCCAUCAUUAUGGACGAAGUUGAUGGAAUGGCUGGAAAUGAAGAUCGCGGUGGAGUGCAGGAAGUUAUACAACUUAUCAAGAAUUGCAAGAUUCCAGUGAUCUGCAUUUGCAAUGACCGUCAAAGCCAGAAGAUGCGUUCGUUAGCAGGGUACUGUUAUGAUUUGCGUUUCCAGCGUCCUCGGCUUGAGCCAAUAAGGGGUGCCAUGUUGUCGAUAUGCGCGAAGGAAGGUAUUAAUAUUAAACCAAACGCUUUGGAUGUAAUCAUCGAAAUGUCCCGUCAUGAUAUCCGUCAAGUACUGCAUAACUUGUACACCUGGACAUCGUCAAAAAAGACGAUGACAUAUGAUGAAGCCAAAGCGAAUGCAGCGUCUUCAGAGAAAGAUAGCAUUAAAAUGGGAGCGUUUGAAGCGUGCCGUCUGAUGUUUGCAGCUCCUAAAGGAUCUCGACCAGGCGAUUUUAUAAACGAAAAGAUGGACUUGUAUUUUGAAGAUUAUAACUUUGUACCUUUGUUCAUCUUCGAGAACUAUCUGCAAGUUCAUCCUUACGCCAACGUGAACAAAUAUGAAGUCUUGGAUAAUUUAAGCAAGGCUGCCGAGAGCUUUUCCAUUUCGGAUAUGAUUGACGCCGAAGUUAGGUCAAAGCAAAGUUGGCAUUUGUUGCCACAGCAUGCUGUUUUUUCGGCAGUGAUACCGGGAAAUUUGAUGCGGGGAGCUAUGGGAGGCAUGAUCAAUUUUCCGCAAUGGCUGGGAAAGAAUUCGUCCAGUAAUAAGAACAAACGAUUAGCACAAGAAUUGCAAACCCAUAUGCGACUAAGAGUUUCGUCAAGUUUCACUGGCUUAGUGCUAGAUUAUUUGCCGGUAAUGCGAAAAGCAUUAACUGUUCCCUUGAAAAAGGAUGGUGCUGAGGGUGUGGACAAAGUAGCCGAUUUCGUUAAUGCCUAUGAUAUGUUACGGGAAGAUAUUGAUUCUGUGUUGGAAGUCACUUCAUGGGGAGGAAAAGACGAUGAUCCCAUGAAGGAUGUUCCCGCUUCGGUCAAAUCCACUCUUACUCGGCAGUUAAAUAAAGGCACUCAUCUUAAUCCUUAUUCCUCUGCUGAAGUGAAAAAAUCAUCACGGGCUCGAGCGGGAGGUGACGCGGAAACAGAUUUGCUGGACGAGGAAACCGCGGCUGCUCUGACAACUGCAGCCGAUGAUGAAGAUAAGGAAGAUGAUAAUGUGGAGAAGGAUACCAUGAUUAAGGUUAAGGCCAAGACCUCAUCGGCUGCCAAAUCAUCGUCAGCGAAGGGGGGAGCCGGAAGAGGUGGCCGUGGAGGAGGGCGGGGUGCAGGCGGUGUAACUGGAACAUCUCGACGAGGAAAAAAAUGAUAAUCGAGAAAAGGGAAUUCUGAUGUUUCUUAAAUGAUCGUUGCUGUGUUGAAAUUUUGUAAGUGAUUUAUGGCAUUGCGAUUUUUAUUUUUUUUGGAUGUGUAAGGAAUCCAUACUAUGGAUUUUCGUCUGCUGUAGUUUUAUUACUUUUGGGAUACGUUCCAUUGUAGUGGUAAUGUUUUCUACGGCUGUUAAUUAUACUGGGUGCAUAUUCACCGAGCUGUUUGCUUAAUUGAUUCCACACCUAUAAAGAAGUGAAACCACUGUG